AUGCCAGUACCAGCAAUUAUCACCAUGGUGGUAAUGGUGAGACACAGUGGUACAAUUCAAAACAAAGAGAGGAAAAAAAAGAAUAAGUUUUUCAAAAAGAAUCAUAGUCACAGUCAUCAAUACAUUAGUCCAGACGAUACACCAAAGAAAAAGAGACCAUCGUCAUUUUCUGCAUCCGAUCCAAUAGUAGACAGCGACUCGUACUUGUCACAACACCUGAGUCAACAACCAGAGAUGGCAGCAACCAUUACAGCGUCGGACCUCAAAAGAGAGCGUGCCGAGUUUUACCACCCCAACGAGACCUUCUCGCUCGAGGCCGAGUCCUACACCGACGAGCUGCAGCAGCUGUUUGACAGCGCCGGCGCGUGGGAGGUCAACCGCGAGAAGCUCAUCAAGAAGCUCAUUGAAAAUAGAUACCAUUUCACAGACCACCAGGUGCGUGAGAUGCUCAACAAAAUACGCGACAUUGAAGUGGCCAAAGUGCGUGCCGAAAGCAAGGCGCCGGCACAGGUCAUUCCCAGCGUCAUUGUCAGCGAGGUGGCCGCCAGCUCAACGAGUCACGACGAGAUUGAACGUGCGUUGAUGCAAAAGAGCACCAGCGACAGUGUCGUCAUCCAUCAAUUGGACGAGGAGGACGACGAGGAGGAGUUGGAGAGACAAGAACAACUCAGACGACAACGCGAGAUCCAACGUCUCAAGGAAGAGGAAGAGGAGAACGAGGAACGUUUGGAGCGCGAGUUGGCAGACCGCAGACGUCAGGAAGAGGAGCGUAUCAAGCGCGAGGAAGAAGAGGACGAGGAGGAGCAAAAGGCCUAUCUCCGUCGUCUCAAAGAAAUCGAGCGUAUCAAGCAAAUGGAAGCUGAAGAGGCCGAGGAAGAACACCUUGCCAAGAUUCUCAUCCAAGAUUCUCCAUCCCAACCAAACUCGAAUGUCAACUAUGAGUCGUCUGUUUCACGUGCCUCAACACUCUCGUCACUCUCUACUUCAUCGUCUUCAUCAUCCAACAACCGUCUCAGCAUUGACAACCGUCCCGGUAGCACUUACAAUACUCCCACCAAACCACUCCCACCAACUCCCCAGACCAAUGUUAUUACUACUCCUGGAGGAGCAGCAGACUCACGUAACAGAAGUCAGACUCUUGCAUCACCAAACAACGACGGUUCACUCUCGCCCAAUGGUGAGACACGUAUGACACGUUCACACUCGGGUGGUUCACUCUCGGGUCUCGCGUUGCCAUCACCCCCACCUCCACCCGCCAAGGCCAGCCCACCACCCACGGCCACCUUGGUGCCACGCGAGAGCAGCACACCCACGUCGACCGUCUCGACACCAUCCCUCAACAACAGCCUGACACCCCCCAUCACCGCAUCGGGCAGUGUGUCCUCGCCCAGUCUGCUCAAAGACUCACAAUCAUCGCCACGCGGCGAAUCCAACUCAAAGCGUAAAGAGUCCAUCUCCGAGGCACCCAAGGAGCACGGCAGCAACAGCAAAAAGAAGGACAACAAGGACAACAAAGACGGCAAAGAAAAGGAUUCCUUCUUUAACAAGCUCUUCCAAAGCGGCAGCAAGAAAAAAGAGAAAAAGGAAGAGUCGGCCGCCAAAAAGGACACGGCCAAGCGUCUCUCACCCAAGGUCGGUAUCCCUUUCAACGUCAAACACGACAUCCACGUCAACUUUAACGCCGAGACUGGAUUUGAAGGUUUGCCCAAGGAAUGGGAGGUACUCAUCAAAUCCAAUUUCCAAGAGCCUGAAGUCAUGCAACACCCCGAAGAAGUGCUCAAUGUCGUCAAGUUCCACGCACAGUACAAUGGUAUCAGUCCCAUGCCAUCGCAGCCACCCCAACCCUCGAUCCAACCACUGCAAAGCGACGAGGCACCCGUCACACUCAACGACCUCAUCAGUUUGGACGACCCCAAAAAGAUCUACUUUAACAUCAACAAGAUUGGAGAGGGAGGUGCCGGUGAAGUGUUUGAGGCAGUAAACUCACGCACCAACAACACGGUGGCCAUCAAAAAGAUGAAGCUCAAGGCCCAGAACCUCAAGACCGUCAUCAACGAGAUUGGCAUGAUGAAGAACUCGACACACCCCAACAUUGUCCAAUACAUUGACAGUUACAUUGUGGCCGACGAGUUGUGGGUCGCCAUGGAGCUCAUGCGCGGCGGCUGUUUGACCGAAGUGUUGGACCAAUACCGUGACAUCCAGCUCACCGAGAACCAGAUUUCAUUUGUUUGUGGCGAGGUCUUGCGCGGACUCGAGUAUAUUCACAAAUUCAACCGUAUUCACAGAGACAUCAAAUCCGACAACAUCCUGAUUGGCUCGCAGGGUGAAAUCAAAUUGGCCGAUUUUGGUUACGCAGCUCAACUCACCCAAGCCAGACAACAGAGAAACUCGGUGGUCGGUACACCCUAUUGGAUGGCACCUGAACUCAUCAAGGGCAACAACUAUGAUUUCAAGGUUGAUGUUUGGAGUUUGGGUAUCAUGACCCGUGAAAUGGCCGAGGGUGAACCCCCCUACCUCGAGUUCCCUCCACUCCGUGCUCUUUUCCUUUUGACUACCCAGGGUGUCCCACCCCUUCGUGACGCAUACAAAUGGUCCAAGGAAUUCAACGAGUUUGUAAAUUUAUGUCUUGAAAAGGAUACCGAGAAACGUCCAACCGCCGCCGAACUCCUUCAACACCCAUUCAUUAAAAAGUCUAGUUCUGGUUUGGAAUUUUACAAGGCUGUAGAAGCAGCAAAAAUAGUAAAGGAAAAUCAAAUCCAACAAUUUGGUAGCUAUACACUUGAUAAAAUGGAUCUAAACAUCAUAUAUUGGAUAUGGAUUCUCAUUAUCACUUCAAUCCUUGUAUUUAUAUCUGUAUUUUGUGUUGUUGCAUUCUCUGAUUUAGAGUCUGAUUUAGUUAAUCCUAUCGAUUUGGCUAGAAGACUCAAUCCUCUACUAAACAUUGAGAUCAUUGUACAUUUUGUUUUAUCCUUUUUCUUGGCAAUACAAUAUCACAUGGUCUUGUUGUUUAUCAAUAUUCCUCUAAUGGCAUUAAACAUAUAUUGGGUUUUACAAAAGCAACAUAAAGUAUAUCCCACAGAGAUUUAUCGUGUACUUUCAAACUUUAAGAAAAGAUUCACAAUUAAAACAAUAUUUUAUAUCGUUUCAUUCUUUAUUUAUUUAUAUACAUAA